AUGACAGUGAUGGAGAACAGGACAGAAGUGACACAGUUUAUUCUCAUGGGACUCACUGAUGCCCCAGGCCUGCAGCUUCCCCUCUUCAUCACCUUCCUCCUCAUCUACACCAUCACCCUGUUGGGGAACCUGGGGCUAUUCAUGUUGAUUUUUUUUGACUCUCGGCUCCACACCCCCAUGUACUUUUUCUUAGGUAACCUGUCUCUGGUGGACUUUUGUUACUCUUCAGCUGUCACUCCCACAGUCAUGGCUGGGUUUUUCUUAAGAGAAAAGGUCAUCUCCUACAGAGCUUGUGCUGCUCAGAUUUUCUUCUUUGGAUCCUUUGGCACUAUUGAGAAUUUCUUGUUGGCCUCAAUGGCCUAUGAUCGAUAUGCAGCAGUGUGUAAGCCCCUACACUAUGCCACCACCAUGACUACAAGUGUGUGUGCAUGGCUGGUCAUAAGUUGCUAUGUCUAUGGUUUCCUGAAUGGCUCCAUAUACACUGAAGACACAUUCAGGCUCUCCUUUUGUGGGUCUAAUGUGGUCCACCACUUUUUCUGUGAUGUUCCAGCAGUCAUGGUUCUCUCUUGCUCUGAUAGACAUGUUAAUGAGCUUAUUCUUAUUGACUUAGCCAGUUUCAAUAUCUUCUUUGCUCUUGUGGUUAUCUUAAUAUCCUACAUGUUCAUUUUUAUCACCAUCCUAAAGAUGCACACAGGUAGAGGAUAUCGCAAGGCUAUAUCUACUUGUGCGUCCCACUUUACUUCAGUCUCUAUUUUCUAUGGGACUCUUAUCUUCAUGUACUUACAGCCCAGCUCCAGUCAUUCUAUGGAUACUGACAAAAUUGCGUCUGUCUUCUACACUAUGGUCAUCCCUAUGUUGAACCCACUGGUCUACAGCCUAAGGAACAAGGAGGUCAUGAAUGCGUUCAGAAGGAUGGCUUAG